UGCUUGGUGGCUACAUAUGAGUUCGCGUUGUCAUCCAGUCAUCCUCUGGCUGAUAAAGCUUUCGAUCGAAGGGUAAUUACCACAUCACUAGUGUGAUUUUUGCUGAAGAAAACUUAUCUCUACAUUGAAAGUCUUCGGUUUGAUGAUGGAUUGACGUUUUUUUUCCUGUUCGGCAAAACUGGUGUAUUCCCUCAAAGUCACGGAGGACUUCAGCGCAAUCUGAUGGCAUGAAUAAUUUUUCUUAAAAUUGUGUUUCAUCUUUCUUUAAUCUUACCUAAUUUUCCCUACGGGAUCGAGUAAAACUACAGUCGCCUGGGAACAUGUCAUCGGACUCGCAUGAAAAAGCGUACACAGAUGCGCUGGACAUGGACGAGGUGGGAGCCAUCGAAGUCAUGCGGGCGUUCAACCAGGUGGUCACCAAAGAGCCCGGCAACUACUCCUUCUCCUCCUACUACCAGCACUCUCGGCCGGUGGCGGCCGUCGUCAUGUUCGCCUACAUCUUCAUCUUCUUCCUCUGCAUGAUCGGCAACACGCUUGUCUGUCUGAUCGUGGUGAGGAACCGGCAGAUGAGGACCGUCACCAACAUCUUCAUCCUGAACCUGGCGAUUAGCGAUCUCUUAGUAGGCAUCCUGUGCUUGCCAAUCACACUUGCUGACAACUUGAUAACAGGAUGGCCAUUUGAUGAAGUGGUUUGUAUAAUGAGUGGACUCGUGCAAGGAGCAUCUGUUUCCGCGUCGGUGUUUACUUUGGUGGCCAUUGCCGUGGAAAGGUUCCGAUGUAUUGUCUACCCAUUCCAACAGAAACUCACCCAGAAGCAAGCCAUCAUCACCAUCGCCUUCAUCUGGACCUUAGCCUUCAUCAUCAUGUGUCCUUCCGCCGCCACCCUGACGGUGACCAAAGACGACUUUCAUUUCAUGAUGGACGUCGACAACAACACCUACCCGCUGUACACCUGCUGGGAGGAUUGGCCCGACCAAAGCAUGCACAAGAUCUACACCACCGUGCUCUUCUCGCACAUCUACCUGGCGCCCGUCACCAUCAUCGUCAUCAUGUACACGCGCGUGGCCGUCAAGCUCUUCAAGUCGCCGGUGCAGCUCCGCGAGGGCCGCGCUGAGGAUGACGGCCGGCGCGUCUACCGCCGCAAGAUCAAGGUCAUCCACAUGCUCCUGAUCGUGGCCAUGCUCUUCACCGUGUCCUGGCUGCCGCUGUGGACCCUGAUCAUGCUGACGGACUACGGCAACAUGACGCCAAGCCAGAUCAACAUGGUGUCGGCGUACAUCUUCCCGUUCGCCCACUGGCUGGCGUUCUUCAACAGCAGCGUCAACCCCAUCGUGUACGGCUACUUCAACGAGAACUUCCGCCGCGGCUUCCAGGCGGCGUUCAAGUUCCAGCUGUGCAUGGUGGAGCUGCCCAGCAUGGUGAAUGCCAGGAGGCCCGGCGUGGGCCGGCACAACCGGGUGUUCAUAGACAGCCAGCCCGUGGAGCCUCAGGCCGGCGCCAGUGCCAGCGCCAGGAGGAGAGAGUUCUGUAGCCAGGAGAAGCAGGACGAGCUCGUGCUGGAGGACAUGGACUGAGGGCGGUGUGCUGUGUGCUGUGGGCUUGUUUGAGAAGGUGAAUUUCCUCCCUUCUCACCGUGACGACUCACAAGAGGAGUUUGGCCCCGAUGUGGGGUGGACUCCCCCAUCACAAUGGUUGGGUCCGGGCUCCCCCACUACGGUCCUUAUUGGACCAAUCUAGCCCGAGUGGCUGCCCUAUUUAAAGGGUGCCUCACACCAUGAGGGGGGAGCUUUUGGGAGAGACAGGCAUGAGAGGCUGUGAAAGGCGUACAAGAGCAAAAAACAUUUUCCUGCUGUGAGGUUAAGUUUAAUUUAUCUAGAUGUUUUUGUGCUUAGUUUCUGUGUCUGGUUUUGUGCCUAGUAUGUGCCUAGAAUGUGCCAAGCAGGUGCCUAGUUCCCUAGUGACCUGAGUACGUUGAGUACUGCGGGUAUUUUGAUUAAUGUGUGUUGAUUUUGUGGGCACAUGUUUUGGGGUCGAAACUAGAGUUCCCCCCUUGUAAAUAAAUAUAUUUUUUAUAAGAGCCACCAUCUCCUGCACUGUGUUUCCCCCCACUUCACCACCAAGUCCAGUUGUCCACAUCCCAAAACGUGGGGUGAGCUAGCUCUCCUCGCUCGUCUUACCUGGAUGUACUUCAUCAUGAGGUCAUGGUAAAGUUUGUGUCUCAGGUACCUGUGAAAUGGGAGACAAUGUUUCAGAUAGUGGACAAAGACUGCAAUGGUGGACAAAGACUGAGAUGAUGGACAAAGUUUGAGAUAGUAGACAAAGACUGAGGUGGUGGACAAAGACUAAUAUGAUGGAAUCAUCUGGAAGUGUAAUUAGCUUUACCAAAGC